UAAUUUGAGCUACAACUCUCCCCCAUUUCUUCAAAGUUGCUCUCAUAAAAGCCAUUCACACUCGUGAGCUGUGUAUGAAGAGGAGAGUGAGCACAGGUGUGCAAGCCAGUCCAAUUUCCUACUUCAAGUUCAAUUCAACUUCAAGGUAGGUAGUCCAAACGAAGAAUUGGGGGCGGAGGACGAGGAUAUAAUUGUCUGCUUGGAAGGCGAUCUCCCUUAGCCUGAGGUUUGAUCGAUCGAAGCAUGGCUCGGGAGGUUGAGAUGGCGGAUGCGGAGAAGGAUGCAGCCCCUUCAGCGACCGCCCCAGCAACUGCAGCUACUGUUCAGCCAGAGGAUCCAGAGAAAGCUGCACUGGCUGAUUUGACAGGUGCAGUGAGCUUGAUAGAGCGGUCGGUGGAGCAGAAGGAGCCGCGCUUUGUCACCCGGGCUCUGAGACAGACCGCCGCCGCCAAAAAGAAGAUCACUCCAAAGGUCCUGCGGAAUUUCGCGCACACAUUCCCAAAGCAACUUGAGGUUGGCUCGGUGCUCACACAGGCUCUGCAAAGCGAACCCUCAUCUACCCAGGCAGAUGGGGUGCCGAGCACAAAGGAUUCAGUCCUGCCAGAGGUGGAGAUUUACGGGUACCUCGUUGGCCUUGUGUUCUUCAUUGACCAGAAGAAGAUUGAUGUGGCGAAAACUGUGGCCAAUCUGGCCAUCAAACGUAUCCAGACCUACAACCGGAGGACGCUGGACAGCAUCGCUGCGCGCGUGUACUUUUACUUCUCGCUGGCGUACGAGCGAUCCAACGAGCUCAACACGAUCCGGGCCACACUCUUGGGGCUACACAGAACGGCCACUUUGCGGCAUGACGAGAUUGGCCAGGAGACGUUGCUGAACCUGCUGCUGCGCAACUAUCUGCACUACAACCUGUACGAACAGGCCGAGAAGCUGCGCGCCAAAACGCAGCGGCCAGAGACUUCGUCCAACCAGCAGCUGUCGCGGUACUUGUACUACCAGGGCCGCAUUCAGGCGAUCCAGCUGGAAUACACGGACGCCAAGGAGUGCCUCCUGCAGGCACUGCGCAAGGCGCCCCAGUCUGCCAAGGGCUUCAGGAUCGCAUGCACCAAAUGGGCGACCAUCGUGCGGCUGCUGCUCGGAGAGAUUCCGGAACGGACGACCUUCAUCCAGCCGGGGCUGCGGGAAGCCCUGAAGCCAUACUUUGAACUGACGAACGCGGUGCGCAUCGGCAACCUGGAGCUCUUCCACGACGCGGCCGAGAAGUACGGCGCGGUGUUCCAGACGGACAAGACGAGCAACCUGAUUGUGCGCCUGCGGCACAACGUCAUCCGCACCGGGCUGCGGCGCAUCAACCUCUCCUACUCGCGCAUCAGCUUGAAAGACGUGGGCCUUAAGCUCGGCCUCGAAGGGACUGUCGAGGACAUCGAGUCGAUCGUGACCAAAGCGAUUCGGGACGGGGGAAUCGACGCGACGGUCGAUCACGCGAAGGGGUUCGUCCAGUCGAAGGAGACGGGGGACAUCUACAGCACGGUGGAGCCCCAAUCUGCAUUCCACUCUCGGAUUAGUUUCUGCUUGAACACCCACAACGAGGCAGUGAAGGCCAUGCGGUAUCCUCCGGGGUCGCACAAGGGGGAUCUCGAGACCGAGGAGAAGAGGCGUGAGCGCCAGCAGCAGGAGCAAGACCUGGCUAAGCAGUUGGCUGAGGACGACGAAGAUGAAUUUUAAGAGAACAUUGUGGCGGAAAACCUGAGGGGUCCAAGACCCGCCUCAUGCCCUUGCCACACGGUCAAACCGAUUGUGAUCUCACUUUGCCCGCAGAUUUGGGGGGAAGAAAUUGACGGUCUGUGAGUGCCGAGCCACUCGCGAAUGGUGCGCAAGCAUGGUGUCAUUGUCUCGGUGACUUUGUUGGAUGACCAGUGUGUCAUAGUUGGGUAUAUUUAUUUAAAGAAAGGUCGCGACGUUUUGUGCGCAGAUGGUAUGAGAAUGGAUCGGACUAUCUUUCACGAAAGCAAGUCCAGGGUCAGAACUUGACGUCUACUAGAAGUGUGUGGAACGAGUCUGUACUUCAGUCGAAUGUCGCA